AUGGAUAUCCGUACAUAUAUUUCGGACUCCCUGCUGCGGCUAACAGGCGCAUCAGACGCCACGGUCAUUGACUACAUCCUCGCCACCACCAGUUCUGCGAAAUCAGCUGGCUCUUUGCAGGAAAAGUUGGUGCCAUUCCUGGAGGGCGAUGGGAGUGAUGUGCAUUCUUUCUGUUCUGAACUAUGGAAGCGGGCGGGUCCUGGCGCUGGUACGGGCGGGGCGGCUGAUAGCGACAACAAAAGGUCCAGCAAGGACAAGGAGGACUGGUUGAGAUGGAAGAAGAGUAUGGAUAUGAUAAUGCCGGCCCUGGGUUGGCACUGCUACAGAGUACCGCGGGGUGGGAAACCGAAGAAGCAAGCGAAGGAGAAUGGGGAGGGUAGGACUCGGAGUCGUGACGAUGAUUCGAAGGGCAAGCAUCGUGGUGAGAGAGAAGAGCGGCGCAAACGGGAGCGGGAAGGGGAGCGGGAAGGCGACCGGGAACGAGAAAGUCGCCAUCGAUCGAAGAAGCUGCGGAGAAGGGAUGACAGGAACUUUGACGAUCGAUGGGGUGAUGAAGAAAUACCAGAGGAUGAAGAAAUCCGACCCCGUUCCCGUUCCGGCUCCGUUCGUUCCCGUUCUCCCUCUUCGGAUCUGGAUCCCGAAGCCAAGGCGGAGCGGGCUAGGCAACGCGAUUUGAAGGAACGAGAUGAGUUCGCGAAGCGACUUGCAAAAAAAGACGAGUCGAAAUCGAAGAAGAUCGUCGAAGAUCGAUCGUCUAUGAAGGACUCAGAGGCAGCACGACGUCGUGCGCUGGCUGAAGAUGCCGCAGCGAGGUCCGCAGCGAUGCCUGACCUCCGCCUUCGGUCGCGACAGGAAUACCUCAAAAAGCGUGAACAGGAGCGAUUGGCUUUACUACGUAAACAAGUUGCGGAAGAAACUGCCGAACUAUGUGAAAAUCCUAAUCUGACACGUCGGGAAAAGGAGGAGUUUGCGAAAAACAGAGAGAUUUUGAGGCUUGCGGAGGAAAGGCAGCGGAUUGACGAUUACCGGGAUGGAUAUGCAAUGCCGGAAGAUUAUAUUACGGAGAAGGGAAAGAUUGAUCGCAAACGAAAGGAGGAAGCGCUUUACAAGCGAUAUGUUGAUCGGGAUGAGCAUGGACAGGAGCGAUUUGUUACAGAACAUGAGGAGUGGGAGAAUGAGCAGACGGCUAAAGCCAAGGCACAAAUCUCCAAGCCGGAGUUUGUUGAUGAAGGUGAUUAUGAGUAUGUGUUUGAUGAUGCACAGAAGAUUAAUUUUAUUAUGGAUUCAAAGUUGGAAGGUGAUCGGAAGCCAUUGACGAAGGAACAGCAACUCUUUCAACAGAAACUGAAUGCUGCAGAGCAGAAAGCUGCCUCUAUUGAGGAGACGAGGAAAAGCUUGCCUAUCUACCGAUUCAGGGAAGAGAUUAUACAAGCUGUGGCUGAUCAUCAGAUUAUCGUUAUUGUUGGGGAGACUGGGAGUGGAAAGACUACUCAAAUUCCCCAGUAUCUUCACGAAGCGGGAUAUACUAAGGGGGGGAUGAAGAUUGGUUGCACACAGCCAAGAAGAGUUGCUGCGAUGAGCGUUGCUGCUCGCGUGGCAGAGGAAAUGGGAGUUAAGGUUGGGAAUGAAGUUGGAUAUGCCAUCCGGUUCGAAGAUGCUACUAGUGACAAAACGGUGCUCAAGUAUAUGACUGAUGGUAUGCUGCUAAGAGAGCUUCUUACAGAACCCGACCUUGGAGCGUACUCUGUUCUGAUGAUCGACGAAGCCCACGAGCGAACCGUAUCCACAGAUAUUGCCUGCGGCCUGUUGAAGGACAUUGCCAAGGCAAGGCCUGACUUGAAAUUACUCAUUUCUUCAGCUACAAUUGAUGCGCAGAAGUUUCAAAAGUACUUUGACGACGCGCCAAUUUUCAACAUCCCAGGCCGCAGAUAUCCCGUUGACAUACACUAUACAUUACAGCCAGAGGCAAACUAUCUCGCCGCGGCAAUCACCACCGUAUUCCACAUCCACAUCAGUCAGGGGAAGGGGGAUAUCUUGGUAUUCCUUACAGGUCAAGAAGAGAUCGAAGCUGCAGAACAGAGCAUACAAGAAACUGCUCGAAAACUGGGGUCAAAAAUACCUGAAUUGAUAAUAUGUCCCAUCUACGCGAACUUGCCUUCUGAACUUCAAGCCAAGAUAUUUGAACCCACCCCUCCUGGAGCAAGGAAAGUGGUCCUCGCUACCAAUAUUGCAGAAACUAGUUUAACUAUUGACGGAAUUGUGUACGUGAUCGACCCAGGCUUCGUGAAAGAAAACGUGUUCAAUCCCCGUACUGGAAUGGAGAGCCUUGUCGUUACCCCAUGUUCUCGCGCAUCUGCGGGGCAAAGAGCAGGCAGAGCAGGCCGCGUUGGCCCAGGCAAAUGCUUCCGGCUAUAUACCAAAUGGGCAUACUACAACGAGCUGGAAGAAAAUACUACGCCCGAAAUCCAACGAACAAACCUCAACGGAGUUGUCUUGAUGUUGAAAUCCCUCGGGAUCGACCAGCUUCUUGAUUUUGAUUUCAUGGACCCACCGCCCGCAGAGACGCUCAUCCGCGCUCUGGAACAGCUAUACGCACUCGGGGCUUUAAAUGACCAUGGAGAUUUAACAAAAGUGGGAAGGCAGAUGGCCGAGUUCCCCACCGACCCUAUGCUUGCCAAAGCCAUCCUAGCUGCUGACAAAUACGGGUGCGUAGAGGAGGUCCUUUCAAUAAUCGCCAUGCUGGGCGAAGCAAGCUCUCUAUUUUUCCGGCCCAAGGACAAAAAGAUUCACGCCGAUAGUGCCCGAGCACGGUUCACAAUCAAGGACGGCGGCGAUCACUUCUCGCUCCUGAAUGUGUGGAACCAGUGGGUUGAUUCGGACUUCAGCUACGUCUGGGCGCGUGAGAAUUUCCUUCAACAGCGAAGUUUAACGCGAGCCCGCGAUGUGCGCGAUCAGCUCGCGAAGCUCUGCGAUCGGGUCGAGGUGACCAUUACCUCGUCCGGCUCCAGCAACAUCGUCCCCAUCCAAAAGGCGAUCACUGCGGGAUUCUUCCCCAACGCAGCUCGUUUACAACGUGGUGGCGAUUCGUAUCGAACGGUCAAGAAUGGACAGACGGUGUACUUGCAUCCGUCCAGCACACUAUUCGAGGUGAAUCCCAAGUGGGUGAUAUAUUACGAGCUGGUGUUGACGAGCAAGGAGUAUAUGCGGAGCAAUAUGCCGCUACAGCCGGAGUGGCUGGUGGAGGUGGCGCCGCAUUACCAUAAGAAGAAGGAUUUGGAGACACUUGGUACUGAUCGUAAGGUGCCGAAGGGGCAGGGAGCAGCGGGGGAGAAGAGUAAGAUAUGA